UUAAAGGCGAACUUUUUUUAUGCUGUGAGUAGAAACUUCAAGAAUACGAUAACUUAAACAUCAUUUGACUCAUACGUUUUAUAUCUUAGUUCGUGUGUUGAUAAAAACGAAAGAAAGAAAGAAAGAAAAAAAGAAGGAAGAUAAACACACAAGAUGUAAAGCAACACUUUUAAAGAAAAGAUAAAAAAAAUGAGCUCGUUCUCCUCGAGCCAGUGAGAGAGCCGCAGAGAGCCGCAGAGACCGAGUGCCACGGUGCCAAAAUGCGCAAGAGCCACGCGGGAGUGUCUGCGGCGGCGAGGUAGCGCGCCAUGACGUCCGUGAAACAGAUGAGCAUCGCCGAGCGCCGCGGCCAGUACCGGGGGCGGUCGCAGAGCCAGCCCGCGCCCUCACGCCCGCCCUCGGUCAGCACCCACGCCCGCAGCAAUGGCCACGCGACGCCCACGGGCACCACCAAGCAGAAGGCGGGCAGCGAGUGGGGCAUCAAUGGCAUUUCGGGCAGGAGGCUGUACUCAGCGCAGGUCGGGACGGAGGGUCGGCGCUCGGGGCGGCGCUCCCUGGGCUCAGCCGCCUCCUCCGCCACCUGCUCCUCCGCCCGCACCGUCGAGGCCUUCACGCCCGCGUCCAGGAUGCGAGGCGCCGUCGUGGCAGGCCCGCCCAGGAUAGGCGUGUUCCGCCCACGCCCCGCGCCGCCCACCACCUUCAGGAAGAUGUACGAGAGGGGUGACGUGCCCGUCACGCUGCACCACGACCACCACGGACACACGCUGCGCUGGAAGGUCGACGUGGACAAACUGGACUACCACCACUACCUGCCCCUCUUCUUCGACGGCCUGAGGGAGACGAGCCAUCCGUACGACUUCUUCAGCAGGGCGGGCAUCCGGGACCUUCUCUCGCGCGGGGGGGACAAGAUCCUUCCGGUCAUCCCCAGCCUCACGGUCCCUCCCGCAGGUGCCCUCAACACUCGAGACGUCCGCGUGAUCUGCACCGUCCUGAAGGUGCUGCAGGAGCUGGUCAUGUCGGCGCCUUUGGUAGGGGAGUCCUUGGUGCCCUACUACAGGCAGAUCCUCCCGACGCUUAAUCUCUUCAAGCAUAAAAAUGUGAACUCUGGCGACGAGAUCGACUACUCUCAGCAGCGUCGAGAGAACCUUGGAGACCUCAUUCAAGAAACUCUCGAGAUACUGGAGAGACACGGAGGGAGAGACGCGUACAUUAACAUCAAGUACAUGGUCCCCACCUAUCAGUCUUGUAUGAUGAACUGAGUGGGGUGGGAAGGA